AUAAACACUUCUCUCACUUCUCAUCAUGAACCUCUGAUCUCUUCUUUUCUCCCUCAUCUUAUCAGUUGCCUCCCCUGUAAUCCCAUAAACUCCAUAUACCCCAAAUACCUUCAUAAUGUCGGCCCGUCUUCACAAAGGCCUUCAAGGCGUCCUCGCCAAAUCCCCUUCCGACACCGUAAUCCUCUCCGCCGUCCGCACUCCCAUCUGCCGCUCCUACAAGGGCCAGCUCAAGGACGCAUACCCAGAGGAGCUCCUCGCCAGCGUCCUCAAGGCCACUCUCAAAGCGCACCCCGAGGCCCCCGUCGACGAUGUAGCAGUCGGCGUGGUGCUCUCCGAGCUCGGCGGCUCCAAGGCGGCGCGCAUGGCUCUCAACCACGUCGGCUUCAAGAACACCACCAGCUUGUACACUGUGAACCGCGCGUGCUCUAGUUCGCUGCAGGCCAUCGCUGCUGUGUCGGCGCAGAUCCAGACGGGCAUGAUCGACACGGGUAUCGCGGCUGGUAUGGAGAGCAUGACGAGGAAUUACGGAAGCAGAGCUAUUCCUGUGGAUGUGUGGCCGGAGCUGAAGACCUCGCCCAAUCGCCAUGCGCAGGAUUGUAUCAUGCCUAUGGGUUUGACGUCAGAGAACGUUGCGGAGCGAUAUGGUGUUUCGAGGGCGGACCAGGACGCUAUGGCUGUUGAGUCUCAUCGUCGUGCUGCUCGUGCGAGAAAGGAGGGUCGCUUUGCGGAGGAGAUCGUACCCGUGGAGACGAGGUUCCAGGAGGUUGAUAAGCAGGGUAACAAGGUUGGCGAGGAGAAGCGCAUCACUGUCACUGCUGAUGAUGGUAUUCGAGAGGGUGUUAGCAUUGAGGCGCUUGCUAAGCUCAAGCCUGCUUUCAAGCCCGACGGUGCUUCAACGGCUGGAAACUCAAGCCAAGUCUCCGACGGUGCUGCCGCCACCCUCCUCAUGCGCCGAAGCACAGCAACCGCCCUCGGUCUCCAAGACCGCAUCAUCGGAAAGUUCGUCUCAGCCGUGACAGUCGGUUGCGACCCCGAUGAGAUGGGCAUCGGCCCCGCCCUCGCUAUCCCCAAGCUUCUCGACCAAGUUGGUCUCAAGACGGAGGAUGUGUCGCGGUGGGAGAUCAACGAGGCGUUUGCCAGUCAGGCGCUGCACUGUGUGAGGGAGUUGGGACUCGAGGACGCGUGGGCGAAGGAGAAGGUUAACCCUGAUGGAGGCGCUAUUGCGCUGGGACAUCCUCUUGGAGCUACGGGAGCGAGAAUGACGAGUACGCUUUUGCAUGGACUUAAGAGGGAUGGUGGUGAGGUCGGUGUUGUGAGUAUGUGUGUUGGUACGGGUAUGGGUAUGGCUGGUUUGUUUGUUCGGGAGUAGAGAUUGAUAUCCGGGAAGGAAGUUAAAAAGUAGAUUGGGGAGUAAACAAAAUUGAAUAUUGGGUUAUACUACGCUUGAUACUGAGAAUGGGAACGUUGGCGAUGCAUGAUGCUGGAGCAUGGAGAGGAAACUAAGGGUUGUGAUAUGCGUCGGCAGCUUGUAGUCUCGGGUCACAACGGUUCGAUAGCAUCGAUACGUUCCCAUGAAACAGUCCGUUUCGGUUGGCC